CCGCGCGCAAAUCAACCUACGACUGUCAUUUCUGAGUCAAGAUGGCGGAACAGAUGUACUCCUGUGCCGGGCCGUCCGUUUUCCGCGGAAAUUUCGGCAACAGCGUGAACAACAGGGGUCCUAGCGUCAGUUCGCCAGCACGAGCUGGACCAGUGCUAACUGAAGAUGAACAAGCUGGACCAGUGCUAACUGAAGAUGAACAGUGGGUUGUGAUGCAGCUGGCACAAGUCUUCCCUCACCUCAGUCAGCGGGCGUUACGAGCUGCCGUCACUGCAGACAACCAGGCAGAACUACUGGCAAGACAUAUCCUGCUGAACAGAUGCAUCGACAGUCUUCUGGACAAACAGGCCUCGCCUGUCAGUGUUUCUGACGGUAAGGAUGAUACUGAUGAUGACGAUGAUGUGCCAACAGGUGACUCCACUAUGGAGGACCUGCCUGAGGACAUCGUAGACCUGACCACGUACUCAGGAGUGGAGGUUGGGAACCAGGGAGACACUGUCAUAGAUGCAGACGCUCACGUUGAAAGAGUAGGAGUUGGAGCGAAGCCAAAGAAGUUGCUCCUCCCUGCGCCUGUUCUCAUUAAUGAUUCAUCUGAAGAGGAUGAUGAGAAUGGUGAUGACCGUGUUGUUAUUCCUGGUACCCCUGAGCUUGAAGAACCUGAACCAGACCCGCAGGAUACACCCCCUGCACCUGUAGCACAGCAGCCCCCAACAUUAGAACAACAACAGGCAGACACGGCCACACAAGUGCCCCCAACAUUAAAGCAGCAACAGGCUGACACAGCCACACAAGUGAUGGAGAUGUUCCCAGAUGUAGAGGCUGGCUAUGUGCGUGAGCUGGUGACCAGAUACUGGCACUUCCCACACCCACUCAAUGUUUGCUGUGACUAUCUACUGGAACAUCCAGACUAUCCCAAGGCCCCCAAGGUGCCACAACCUGCUGCCGCUGCUUCUAAAUCUCAGGACAAGACAAACCAGCCGGAUUACUUCAAGGAAUACUCGAGUCAAGUUUCUCACAUCUACCGGAAUCAGGUUCUAGCAACCCUGCAGAAUGAAUAUAGGAGGAUUUCAGUGAAGGACCUCCGAACCAUCCUGUGUUUCUACAAGUUCCAUUACGCUCCUGCCAAGAAGUUUAUUCAGGAGAACAUCCUUGCCAAGCUUCCAGAUGCACAAGUGAAUAGUCCCCAGCCUAGGGUGAACAAGAGACGAAGCCUGGAGACACAGAAUGGCCAAUGUGAUGAGGUUCAGGUUAGCCUGGAGGAUGAGAGAGGACCUCACCACACACGAACUUUCACUGUCCGCCUGCUGAAGCUGGUUCGUGUGAAAGGCACACUGGAUAAGAAGAACCUCUGCAAGGAAUUGAAAGAAGAAAUGGCCUUCGUGGAAGAGAGGACCAGACAGCAGAAGGAGGAAGCAGACCACCUCCUGGCCCUGCGUCUGAAUGAGGAACAGUAUGAGGCUGCGGGGCAGAUGAUCGAGUGUGGCUGCUGUUACGGCGAGGUGACCUUCGAAGACAUGGUGCAGUGUUACGACGGUCAUCUGUUCUGUGUCGACUGCCUCAAGAACUACACCAAGGAGAAGGUCUUCGGGUCAGGGCAGGCGUCCCUGAGCUGUAUGACUGACGGCUGUGACAGCACAUUUCCUAUGGGUCAGCUGGAGAAGGCCCUUCCAGAGAACAUGCUGAAGAAGUAUGAGGAGAGGCUGGAGGAGGAGAACAUCAACCUGGCAGGGCUGGACGACCUCGUACGGUGCCCCAGCUGUGACUAUGCUGCUAUCCUUGCGGAGGGAGACAAGGUUUUCCGAUGUCAGAACCCAGAGUGUAUGAAGCAAACCUGUCGCCACUGUAAGGAGGACUGGGCUGAGCACUUCGGCAUUCCCUGUAAGGAAGUGGAGAGGGCAGACGACACAAAAUUCAGGACAUCAAUAGAAGAGAAGAUGACGGAGGCUAAGAUCAGGACGUGUCACCAGUGCAAAGCCAGCUUCACCAAACAUGACGGCUGCAACAAGAUGACCUGCCGGUGCCUUGCUAAGAUGUGCUACGUCUGCCGUAAGCCCAUCAAGGAUUACAACCACUUCUGUCGCCACGCCAGGAACCCCGGGGAGCCCUGUCAGAUCUGCACAGCGUGUUCUCUCUGGACAAGUACAGAGGAGGAUGACGAAAGGGCUAUGGAGGAAAUUCAGAAGGCGGCGAGAGAACAGAAAAAGGCAGAAGGAAAGGACAGGGUAGCAGACAGACUGGGGCCACCUCCAUCCCCCAAGAGGCCACGUGUCGAGGUGGUACCGCCUGGCGCCGGCCCCCCUCGUCCACCGGUUGUCGGACAGAACCAGCCUGCAGCAGCGCAGGGGGUCCAGAUGCAGCCGGGAAACCAGCCACAGUUCCAGAACGCACCGCGGCCGGGCAUGCCUGCCUGGAACAUGCCGCCGCACCCCGUCCCACACUUCGGCCCACCGCCCCACCAGCCCCCACACAGGCCGGUCAACAUUCCUGGGCCUCCACACCACGCACACCCCAACUUGCACAACGCCCACGGCCAGGUAGCACACAGGAUGGAGAGGAUGGUGGAGAUGCAGAGGGAGAGACAACGCAUGAUGCACGAGAACCUGCAGCACCUACAUCAGGGCCUGCAGAACUUAAACCAAAGAAUCCAUCAGCAGCAGCAAGUUCUGGCUCCCCACAUGCACGCCCCUCCCCCCAACCAGCCCUUCCUAUAACCCCCACCAUCCCCUCCCACGCCAAGCUGGCAUCGUUAGGUGCAAUCAAGAUGUGUCUUCCUUUUCGUCAACUUUGUAGUUUGAAAGAAGAAAGGUUGCUGGAAAUGAAGGAAAAGCGAGUGUGGCAUUGUGUCAGUCAAACAUAGUGCUCUUUCAGAAAGGGAAGGUUGCAAAGAGAACAGAAAGUUUCUUGCUCUUUGAAAAAGGAAGGAUGGCAAAAAGAACAUGAAAUUUAUUGCUCUUGAAAAGAAGAGGUUGUAAAGCAAAGAGAACAGAAAAUUUCUUGCUCUGUAAAAUAGGAAAGUCACCGAAAAGAAUGGAAUAUUUGUCCUAUGAAAAAGGAAAGGUAGCAAAAAGAACAGAAAAAUUUCUUGCUCUUCAAAACAGGAAAGGUUGCAAAGAGAACAGAAGAUUUCUUGCUCUUUGAAAAGAAGAGGUUGCAAAAAAGAAAAUUUCUUGGUCUGUGAAAAGGAGAGGUUGCAAAAAGAACUAGUGCAAUUUGAAAAGAAUGCUCACAGUCCUCUUCCAUGUGCCUGUGAAUAUUACUACUAUGGACUAGGUGCUCAGGACAGUCUGAAUCAUACACGGAUGCUGUUUAAAACUUGUAGCGUCUAGCUGAUCUUUCAAGUUGCCAGGCUGACUAAACGACUUUUUAAUGACACAUUUUUGGAGGUACUAGGUACAUGUAUGUAACACAGUGCCUUGCACAGUGCAAAUGUGUUAGUGUCUACAGUCAGAGAACCACAAUCAAGGCUGUCAAGGUCAAUUUUCAAGGUCAUUUUCUAAAUCGAGGGCGCCAUAUGGGAAGCUCUUUGUUUCUACAUUGUAUUUUGCCACCAAAAUGAACAGUUGGAUUUCCUAGUACUGUGACAAGUCUAGGCUGUCAAACUACACGUAGUCACAGAAAUAGUUAAGAAUUUGACUUAAGAACUUGUUACAGAACUCAACUUUUGUACCCUGGUAUCCUUCUCAAAUUAAAUUUGAAGCCAUAACUGGAGCCAAAUAAAAUCAUAAAUGGAAAAAACAUGACAUGAUAAGAGUGCUCAGGAGGUAGUGAAAUUUUCACCAUUUCUGUGACCACUUUUGUAUGCUAAGCAAUUUUCUUCUAAGACUAUCCAGCAAUACUACAAGCUACUGGAUGAGUUGUUUUUGAUUUUAAAAAAACAAAGCCUGAAGCAAGUUCCUUUUUCUGGCAUCAGUCAGUUCAUGAUAAAAGUUACUUUGGUCUUUGUUGGCGAGAAAUGUAUUUGUCAGAUUACCAACAAGUGUGAAUGGCUAUAAGCAAUAAAAUUUGAUUUGCAUGUUCUUGUUUCUAUGUAAAUGUGGCAAAGGUCGACACCCAAUUGUUGCAACACCUCUUGGGUACUACCACCGUAGCCUAACACAUCUUCAAAGUUAUUAUUACUCUUAUCUUGUGUUUCUGUUGCAAAAAUACAAAAAAUAUAUAUUAUAUGUAGAGAUAGACUUGACUUGACUUACAAUUUACAUGUACUAAUAUCUCUUUUUUUGUUAGAUUGUGUAUUGUUUCAGUAGCCAGUGUAUUAUUGGCUUUUCAGUGUUCUCGUUCAAGUUAUGAUUAUUUUUGUACUGUUGUUUCUAUUGUAACUAAGAUACAACCAUAUUCUACUUUUUCUGAAAGCAGAUUUGUUGAACUUUAAGCUGUAUAGGUAACUAAUCUCCAGUCUUAUUUUGAAGUUUUAGCUUCAGUGCCAGUGCCACUUACAAACAUUCUAUGCAGGAGCUUCCAAUACAUUCACUAGAAGCAAGGAGGUCUCAUUUUAAACCUCCUUGCUAGAAGCUAAAGCUGAAAUGGGUGGAUUGGAUUUCACGAGUCUACUUCAUGAGAGUGGACUCUUGCCAAAGGUUUUAUAUCACAACUAGUAACGAUGACAAAUGGACACUCCCUACUGUCUUUAAAGUUAAAACUUUUGAUCCAACACAAAAACGUUCUCUCACCUAG